ACAGGACGCCAUGUGCAGGCUGGUGCUGAUGCUAGCGCUGUGGCGCGCCCACUGCGGCGCCAGGACGCUGCCCGACGUGCCCAGCGCGGUGUACCCGCCCGUGCCGGACCAAGUGAGGCUGAGUCUGGACGACAUCAGGUUCCUGCAGGAGAAUGAGGAAGACCCAGAAGUGAGGCCCGGGUUGUUCCAGGGUGACAUGGCUCUUACGUCGGAGCUCUACAACUAUUGGCGAGUCGGCCUAAGGUGGGACGUCAUGCCGGAGAGGAUGUGGAAGAAUGGCACCGUUCCUUACGUCAUCAGUCCGUUAUACGAGCCCGAGGAAUACGCCACCAUCUACAAGGCCAUCGUGAUGCUCAACUUUAUGACGUGCCUGAGGUUUGUACCGUGGGAUGGCAAGGCCAAGGACUUCCUGCUUAUCUGGCCCAUCAAGUUCCCCAAGGGGUGCUGGAGCUUCGUGGGCAGGUUCGGCGGACCUCAGCUGCUGUCCCUGCAGCCGCCGGACAGGAGCGGCCCGAACUGCCUAGGCGGCGAGGGUCGGGCGAUCCACGAGCUGCUGCACGCGCUGGGCCUGUUCCACGAGCAGUCGCGGGCCGACCGCGACCAGUUCGUCGAGGUGCACUACGACAACAUCAUACCCGAGUUCAAGGUGAAUUUUGAAAAAGAGAGUCUCGAGAAUACGACUUACAGUUUUGAAUACGAUUACGAUAGCGUCCUACAUUAUGGAAGUUACUCUUUCAGCAAGGAGAAGGGCCUGCCGACCAUCACACCGAAGAAGAAAGAAGUGAAGCUGGGGCAGCGCGAGGGCAUGAGCCAGACGGACUGUCUGAAGAUCAAUGACCUGUACGGCUGCCUGGAUAGAUCUCCGGCACACCAGCGGAAGUACUACACUUUGUGCCGCUACAUGGGGCUGUGACGAGAAGUCUUCUACUGUACUACCUCCUCUUGAUUAAGCCUAAUAAAUUACCUGACCACAAAA